GCCGAAGUCACUAGGCCUCAUGUAUGGGUUACGGAUUAGCCUACAUGUGAGACGGAAAAGCUUGUGUAGGCCUAUAACGUCAUCGCAUAAUUAUCUUCUUCACAGUACGAUAGAACAUGUUAAUAACAUUCCAUACUGAACUAUGAUGACAAGGUCUAUAAAUAAUUUCGUUGGUAUAGUGCACCUAUAUAAAUGCCGGCUUUCUGAAUCUGCAGAUACAAGCUGAAGCGCUAGAACAAGACUAUAAGAUAAGAAUAUUAGUACGUUACUUAAGAAAACAUUCGGAAUAACAAAAUAAGUUGCCACUUUUGUUCAAACUCAAGAAGAUGUUCAGGAUUACAGUGAAUGGUGGCCGACUGACUGAUGACGGGGAGCCGUUUUCUUUUUCGCAUGAUCCAAAUUUAUUGAAUGUUCGUCCAAAGCUUUUCGAUUACCCUUUUUUAAAGGAUUUACCAAUUUAUCAGGAUAUAGCUAAUGAAUUGUCAAAGGAAGGCACGAAAAGUGACGAAAAUGACAUUGCUUCGGCAACGGCGAGCGAUGAUGUUUCAUUGGACGCUUCUCACGAUCCCUUUACAAUUUCAGGCCUACAUUAUCCAUUUGGUGAUUCAUGGUUUAAGGAACUACCAAUCUAUCGUCUUAUGAAGCAAGAAUUUUCAAAGAAUGACAUAAAACGCUCAGAAGAGGAAAAGAAAAGUGCCACAGUGACGCAAUCCAAAGACGCUGCAACCGAUAACAGGUUCAGAGUAACAUUCGAAACAGGAGACUUCGGACCUGAGGAAAUCGACGUGUCGCUCGACGGUGACCGUUUGAAAAUUCACGGAAAAAAGACGGGGCCAGAUGGGUCUCGCGAGAUGACCAAAUGGUACAAAUUGCCAGAGAACAUUAACACCGAUGAGUUGACAUCGAGUCUUUCUCGAGACGGCUUGCUUCAAGUGACGGCACCAUUACAAGAGUCUCAUGAGGCGGAAAAGAAUGACUUUCAAGUGGAGGUACCACUAGAAGAAUUCAAGCCUGAACACAUCAAUGUAAGCAUAGAGGGUCGUAGACUUCAAGUGCACGCAAAGAAAUGUGAGGAGAGAUCUGGUCACUCUGCACACGAGGAGAUAACCAGGUGGUUUACACUGCCAGAGAAGGCUAACACUCAGCCUGACGGUCUGACAACAACCAUAAACGAUGAUGGAUCGAUGGUUAUUCAGGUACCGUUAAACUGUGCUGUGGAAUCACUUAACAUAUCUGGUGAUAACUCAGGAACGGUUGCAGGAUCCAGUGAGAAUGUACCUACAGAAGGAGCUGCGACUGCACCAGACCAAAAGUAGAGCGUGACGUAGAACAUACAGAUGGGCAACAGUAAUGUGAACAACUUUAUGAAUGGUAUACAAAAAUAUUGAUUACUGGUUGUAACAGUGAACUUAAUGUUGGCAGUAAAAGUAACUUCUUAAAAUUAUUUCAUGUUGGUGGAUCCAUGGUUGAAGAUGUAUCUUGCUUGAUUAAAAUAUAUGACUUGAGUGUUCAAUAACAUUGCUGCACACUUCGAUACGUCACCAAUCUGCCAUUCGCAUCCCUUGAUGUACGUCGUCUCUGCGCACGCAACUGUUACAUACAACGUGCACCGUGGUUGUGUGACUGUGGACAUUUUUUUGUUUGCCGUAAAUCUUCCGGAUUAAAAUACCACUGAAGCUCCCAUGAUUAAUUUUGAUCUUCUAAAAUAAGUAACUACACUAACUACUAUGAGUUCUAACCGUUCAGACAGUAAACAGAAAAAGUAAACGUUGUUACGUAUGUAUUUCUAUUAAUAAAAAAUAAAACACACGGGUAGGCCAUCCGUACCUUGUGAAGUUGAAUAUUACUAGUGGGUUAAAUCAUCUAAAUAUGCAGUGUUGGAUCACAAUGACAAUACAAUAUAUUAAUUAAUAAAUAUGUUUGAUAUUCCUAUUCUUAAACACAUUCACAA